CGAACCUCAGAGAGAGUGGAGGCGCGCAGACCAUCUCCAUCCUCCGCAGUCUCUGUCUCAUCCUGCUCUUCUCUCUGACUUAGACCAGCACCUGGCUCACUGACUGACCCACAGCUCCGGCUGCUUCUCCACCAACACGGGAGCACAACAGCAUGUGAAUGGCGGCAGUAAGCGGCACCGUUGUCACAGAGGAGCAGGAGGAGCUCCCAGCCCACGGAGCCGUCACUCACACCCAGCACACCCGCAGUCAGAGCCACAUCCAGUUCCAGCCUCCGACCUACACCACCCAGUGGCAGGCUCCUCGCUCCGUUGCUCACACGAGGAGUCACAGUCACACACACUUCAGCACGUCGUCGCACACGCAGCCUCAGAAGUACGGCUGCCGCCUCACGCACAGUCUCUCAGCCAUGACCAAAGGGGAGAGGGGAGUGCAGGGCUCUGUGGGGAAGCUCAUCAAGCCCACUGAGCCGCUGUUCCCCAAAACACCUCAGCAGACCGACUUGAGCCAGAAGUUGACAUUAUGCAGUAAGCUGUGUUUCGCUAUCGGAGGUGCGCCCAAGGAGGUGGCUGCCAGCGCCACAGCCUUCUUCCUGCAAAUCUACCUGCUCGAUGUCGCUCAGAUCACAGCCUUCCAGGCCUCUAUGGUGCUGUUCAUUGGUAAAGCCUGGGGCGCAGUGACUGACCCCAUCGUUGGUUUUUUCAUUACAAAGAGCAGAUGGACCAAGAUUGGCAGACUCAUGCCUUGGAUGGUGGGUUGCAGUCCAUUCCUGGUGGUCUCCUACUUCUACCUCUGGUUCGUUCCUCCUUUCAUCGGCGGCAGGUUCAUCUGGUACCUGGGCUUCUACUGCCUCUACCAAACUCUCAUCACUUGUUUCCACGUGCCUUACUCCGCUCUCACCAUGUUCCUGAGUACAGAACAGAAGGAGAGAGACUCAGCCACUGCCUACCGAAUGACAAUGGAGGUUCUGGGGACACUGGUGGGAGCUGCCAUCCAGGGCCAGAUUGUGGCCAGCGCUCACACGCUGAAGCACUGCCCGACUCACAACGUGUCCACCGGUUACCUUGGCAACAGCAGCGGGGCAGAGAUCGUCAAGAGCCUGGUGCGCUCGCAGGACUACCUGUCACACGCUAGGGAGGUGUACAUGAUCGCAGCCGGUGUUAUUGGAGGAGUGUUUCUCAUCUGCACGGUGGUGAUGUUCCUGGGAGUUAAAGAGAGAGACGGAACCGUGUGCUCCCUGUAG